UGGAAGAACCGACGUUGAUGCCGAUGAUGCAGCGCCAUAAGCUCCGGUGGGAUUUCUUCUUGAGCUUCAGGGGAGAGGAUAUGCGCAAUGGCUUCACGGAUGACCUUUAUGACGAGUUGCUUGCACGCGACGUCCGAGUCUUCCGCGACGACGACCGGGGGAUGAAACAGGGAGACCAGAUCUCCCCGAGUUUCCUCGCCGCCAUUAAAGAGUCGGCUGCUGCUAUCACAAUCAUCUCCCCCAGGUACGUACGACCGAAUUUUAACUCUUCUAACCUAGCUCCAUCUACUAACUACGAUUGCAUAACAUAUUAUGCCUCUUCGGGAUGGUGCCUUGAGGAGCUGUCGACGAUCCGGGACUGUGGCAUCCUCAUUCUUCCCGUGUUCUACAAAGUUGAGCCUUCUGACGUUCGCCGCCAGAAUGGCACGUUUGCGAAUGAUUUCAGGGCUCUCCAAGGAAAGUAUGAACCGGAAAAGAUGGAGAGGUGGAGGAAAGCAAUGGCGCAUGCCGGUGGACUUAGUGGCUGGGUUAUAAAAAAUAAAGAUGAUGAUCAUGCACCUGAUCAGUCGGACCUUGAACUGAAACAUCUGAUUCAGUGUUUGGUUAAAAGGGUUUUGAGUGAGAUAAGCAACAGUCCGAUGGUGGUGGCGCCUUACCCCGUUGGACUGACAUCUCCUAUGAAGGAAGUGAUGCGAUUGCUGGAAAUUAAAUCAAACAGCAUCAAGAUCAUUGGAUUAGUUGGAAUGGGAGGGAUUGGCAAGACAACCCUAGCCAAAGCAAUCUACAAUAAAGUUGUCAAUUCCUUUGAUUCCCUUUGUUUCAUUUCCAAUGUUAGAGAAACUUUUCAACGACAAGAUGGCCUCAUAUCUCUUCAGGAAAUGCUUCUUCUUGAUCUUUUCAAUAAAAAGAUUUCCCUUCCAGAUGAUGUCGAUGCUAGGAAGGCUAUAAUGGAAGAGUCUUUCAAUGUUAAACGUGUUUUCAUUGUGCUAGACGAUGUUGAUGAUUCUAGUCAGCUCACCGCUUUGGUUGCCAAGAAAUGGCUAUUCUCAGGCAGCAAAAUCUUAAUUACAUCGAGAGACAAAGAUGCCCUUCAGCAGUGCUCUGCAGAUAAUAUUUAUGCUGUUACAGAAUUGACAAUCGUUGAUUCACUAAAACUUCUCAGUUAUCAUGCGCUUAGACAAGAAAAGCCUUCGACAAGAAAUUUUCAGGAACUAAGUGACACAAUUGUGUCUCUUGCUGGAAGAUUACCAUUAGCAUUAGAAAUAUUUGGCUCUUUCCUGUAUGACAAGAGAAGUGUUGAAGAAUGGAAAGAUGCAGUUAAGAAGCUGAAGAAGAUUCGUCCAGACGGACUUCAGGAUGUCUUAAAGAUAAGUUUUGACGGGCUUGACGACCAAACGAAGUGCAUAUUCCUUGAUAUUGCUUGUUUUCUUGUUGACCUUGAAAUAACGAGAGACGAGGCAAUUAACAUCUUCAAAGGUUGUGGCUUGACUGGUAUUAAGACCUUGAUAGCGAGGUCUCUUGUGAAGGUAGACGAGGGAGACAUUUUGGUAAUGCACGAUCAGAUUAGGGACAUGGGAAGACAAAUAGUUCAAGAAGAAAACCCAGAUCUUUCAAUAUGUAGAACUAGACUGUGGGAUCCAUGUCAAAUUAUGAAUGUUAUUGAUAAUGGGAUGAUGGGCAUGGAAAACCUUCAAUGUAUCGUUCUAGACUUCAUGAAGAAGAACAUCUCAAGCAUCAGUGUCGCCCCCUCCUCCUGCUUGACCUUUUUACAGGAAUUCUUUCUAGGUCCCAAGGAAGAAGAAGGAUUAAUGCUUGUCAAUGCCAAAAAGCUCAAGCCUAUGGUCAACUUGAGACUGCUUCAUAUCAAUAACAAUGUCAAACUGAAAGGAGAUUUACCUCCAAGAGUAAGAUGGCUUAAAUGGAGAGGUUGCCCUUUAAACUAUCUUCCGCCAAGUUUUUUCCCACGGGAACUUACCGUUCUUCAUCUCCUAGAAAGUAAGAUAGAUAGUCUCUGCUGGAAUAGCGAGGUAUAUUUGAUAACAAUUUGUAUUUUUCAGGUUGCAAAGAACCUGAUGGUCCUGAACCUUUACGGUUGCCACAACCUUACAAGUAUACAUGGCUUAUCUAUGCAGAAUACUUCAUUGGAGAAAGUCAUUAUCGAACGUUGCUAUAAUCUAUCGAUGAUCCAUAUAUCCAUGAGGACUACAAGAUUGUUGCGCUAUUUGAAUCUAAGCGAUUGCACUAGCCUCGUUGAAUUAUUCCCAUGCAAGGUAGUAUCCGGUUUGAGGAAUCUCGAGGUCCUCAUUCUAUCUGGCUGUUCGAAAUUUGAACAACUGCCCAAGGAUUUAGGCAUGAUGACUUCCUUAAAAGAGCUUCUUCUUGACAGAACCGCCAUAAAGAAAUUGCCCGACUCCAUAUUCCACCUUGUGAAGCUUGAAAAACUCGACCUUUCGCGUUGCAAGUUUCUCGGAGAACUCCCUAUUUGUCUCGGGCACCUUUCUUCCUUGAAGGAAUUUGAUCUUAACGGCUCUGCAGUGAAAAAAAUACCUCAAUCUAUUGAAGGUUUAAAAAAUCUCGAGAAACUAAACCUGAUGUGGUGUGAUUCCCUGACCGACAUCCCUGAUUCCAUUGGCAAUCUCAGAUGGUUGACGAAAUUAUCGCUAAACGGUACUCCAUUGAAAGAGCUUCCCUCUUCUAUUGGCUCUUUAUCCUACCUGAAACAACUCUCGGCCGGAAACUGCAAGCUUCUCAACGCUUUACCUUCCUCAAUCGAAAGGUUCGUCUCUCUCGAGAGUCUUGAGCUAAACGGCACGCCAAUCACGAACCUCCCAGAUGAGAUUGGCAGGCUGAAAUCCCUUGUGAAACUUGAAAUACUGAACUCGGAACAUCUUGAGACAUUGCCGAAGUCAAUUGGUGAUAUACUUAGCCUUGAGACUUUGCUCAUUGGGAGCACAAAACUUAAAGAGCUGCCAGAAUCUAUUGGGAAGUUAGAAAAUCUUAGCAUGCUGAGACUGAAUCAAUGUACGAACCUCAUAAAACUCCCGGGUUCAAUUGUAAACAUGAGAUCUCUACACAAUUUUCUGAUGGAGAACACUGCAGUCUCAGAGCUGCCUGAAAAGUUUGGGAUGUUAACGAACUUGAUUGUUUUGAAAAUGGGAAAGAAGCCUUACAGUGAACAGGCAAAGAAUGCCAAGGAAGCAGUUCUACCUUCAUCUUUCUCAAAACUUUGUAAAUUGGAAGAAUUUAAUGCCCGUUCUUGUAAUUUAGUAGGUGGAAUUCCAGAUGAUUUCGAGAGUCUAUCCAGGUUAGAGAUUCUGAAUUUGGGUCACAAUUAUGGUAUCUGUAGUCUUCCUUCUAGCCUUAAAGGACUUGGUUUUCUCAAGAAGCUUCUCAUUCCACACUGCAAAGAGAUCAAAUCUCUCCCACCACUUCCUUCCAGUCUUGAGGAAAUAGACGCAUCCAAUUGUACCAUGUUGGAACACAUCUCUGAUCUUUCGAAUCUGGAAUAUUUAAGCGAAUUGAACUUUACAAACUGCGGUAAGCUGGAGAAUAUUCCAGGCCUUGAAUGUUUGAAGUCGUUGAGAGGUUUGUAUAUGGUUUGUUGCAAGGCGUCAUGGUCCGUUGUCAAGGAAAAACUCAACAAGACAAUGAUGAACAAUUUAAGGCACCUGAGUAUUCCCGGGAGUGAAAUCCCAAGUUGGUUGGGUUCGGAUGUGGUUUACUUCAGAAAGAAGCAGAACAAUGCGAUAAUAGCAGUUAUCAUAGCAGUUGUUAUGUGCGUUAAGCUUGAACAGCAGGAUCGCGUACUCCCAGUGAUACCAGACAUUUUGGCAAGAAUCAUCAGAGUAAAACAAAACAUAAACAGAAAAGUAUUUGAGACAGCAUUGGAAAUCAAAGUGCAGGAGAAGAUGGAUGAAGAUCAUUUAUAUUUAUACAGACAUUCUUCGGUCCUUCCAUUAGUCUCCAUGCUGAGAGACGGGGACAAGAUAGAGGUAGUGAAACGGGAUCCUCCCUAUGCCCAGGGCGUUGAGCUGAAGGGAUGUGGGAUUAAAUUGGUUUUUGAGAACGAUGAUGAUUACAUUGGAGACGAGCGAUUCUUGGACGAGACUCAGCAGUCUGUGUCUCAAAGGCUAGUUAAGUCCUUACAGUCAACUCCGAAUGAGUCCAUCGCAUAAGGGUUAUAUAUUUACUUCAAUUUAUAA